GCUAAGAAACAGGCGGAUGCAGCAACAACCAGCAGCAAAGGCUGCUGAUGAAGAACGAGUUCAACAGCGGGAGAAGAUAUUUAGCGGAGAGCAAACUUUGCUCACAAUGGCAGCGGAUUGGCAGGCCAAGGCCGAGAAUGGCAAGAUGGAGGAUAGCGAAAAUAAGAUCGCUCUACUCCUUUCCCAUCUCACGGAACUCCUGGCAACAUGCAUUACACAGCAGGAGGACAUCCAUAGCCUCGACGACGCGCUGACUCAAGUCCACGACCGCCUCCGGCAGCUGGAGCAGCGACCUGUCGCCGCCCCCGAUGCUAGCUCUUCCAACACCUCCGAUCGCCUCGAAGCAUUGGAGAUGGACGUCGGCUCCCUCAAGGACCGCGUGCAGUCACAACAAACCGCAACGCAACAAUUGGAGCAGCGGAUCUGUACUGCUGCCAACAACUCGAGUUCGGAACCGCGCGAGACAGCUCCAAAGUUCGACGGGCAGGAGAUCUUUUGCGACUCGACAAAGACAGAUCCGAUUCCAUGGUUCCGCAAGUUCGAGCUCACGCUGCAGCUACACUACGUCAAAGAACACAAGCACCACACAUACUUAUACUCCCAGUCGGGGGGCGCGUACCAAGCAUGGUUGGACAAUCUCUUGUCCAAGUACAAAGUGGUAGCUGGCGACUUGCAUACCAAGAUCAGUUGGGAUGAUCUGAAGACGGCGUGGCAUAAGCGGUUCCAAGUAGAGCCACCGGAGAUCAAGGCAAUGGACAAGCUAAUGGUCUUCGAACAAGGCACGCUGCCGAGUGUCGACUGGAUUGCCGAGUACCAACGCUUGACAUCCGUCCCAGACAUCCAAAUGGGGUUCAAAGCCAUCCGCCACUAUUUUAUCUCAAGAUCGUGUCCGGCACUGAGCAAUGCCUUGACUCACGUCGAGGACACCUUGACGACAACGGCGGAACUGUUUGACAAGGCCGCACAGAUUAUUAUCACGAACAAGGAGGCUAAGAACCUGCGUUUAUCUGCGCCACACCCGAACAGAGACCAGCAUCGGCCAAGAGUGACCGUGGUCGUGGCGGCAACGCCGUUUGACCAAACUAGCAAGGUCGUGUCUGCCAAUGAAGGGGAUACACUCGCAGCCGCCCGGGAAGGUGGCCACCCCGGCAAAGGCCGAGGACGCGGCAAGGCGAAGACAAACACCGCAUCUAGCCCCGGGCCUGGCGCAGCAGCUCCAGACCCAUGUGGCCUGCCCGUCGAAAGGCAAGGGCAAAUCGGGAAACUGAGCACCGCCGGGAGUGAAUCGACGACACUCUCGACGCCUCCGGAAUCGGUCACUUCGCGGCUGACCGCCCUUCGUUCCGAGGCACAUGCGGAAGUCGAUAGUCCUCCUCUCCUUUAUUCCUUUGAGGACUAUGCUGUCCGGCUCAUUCCUACGCUGGGUACUCAAGCUCAAGGACAAGACGUGUGUGCAGCAUCUUUUCCGUCCGGCAGCGGCAACCUAUCGUCUUCAACUGGUUCUUCACGGGAUUCGGGGCGCGAGUUCAACAUAGAGGUACUGGACCCGCUCACGUCCGAGGACUUUGCAUGGCUUCCUCUCCCGACCACGGGCCGCUUGUCGGGACCGCAAUGUGCAGCACUAUGCGCUCAUCUCCACACAUACUUAUCCUUCUAUGCACCACCAACUUCGUCGACGGAUGACGAAGUCGCGGUGGGGGACAUCCUUGCGUAUGUUACGAAGGUGGCCCGCGAAUUUCACAAUCAGCGGUACGACGACAACAACGCACCGCUACUCUAUGUCCGCAUCCAAGUUGGGCAAGCGUCCUGCAGCGCUUUGCUGGAUAGCAGCGCGUCUCGCAAUUUUAUGAGCCAAGCCUUCAUGCAAAGGGCUGGCCUUGGUGCACAAGUUCGAAGGAAGGCAAACCCGACGGCGAUCAAGUUGGCGGACGGAAGGACGCAGCAACAUAUCGACCGCUACAUCGAGGCCGUACCGGUGUAUUUCGCACCUCAUGCAUGCGAACCGGUGACGUUCGACAUUUUGGACACGGACUUCGACAUCAUUAUCGGAAUGCCUUGGCCUGCAAGUGCGGAUCACACGGUCAACUUCCACCGGCGGACUCUUAGUGUUCGCGACACCUUCGGCGCCGAAGUGGCGUGUACUAUUCCUCUUCCGCACCCUUCGAUUAGGUGCCAAGUGGUGACGGCCAAAUCAUUCCGGGCAACUUGCGCUUACGAGCAGCCCGAGGAAAUCGGCCUAUGUUUCCUACGGACCGUCGCAGUAGCCGACUCUUCACCCACGGACUUGUCUUCGGACCCCCGGGUGGUGCGGUUGCUGGACGAGUUCGCCGACAUCUUCAAGUCACCUACCGGUGUGGUGCCAGAUCGUACAUGACUGUCAAUUCCAUACCCGACCUCUCUUCAUGCACCAGGUAAUCAUCUCAUCACUCU